CGCACCGGCAGUGGGUUAGCGUCAGGGUGUAGGUCGCGCUGCUCGUUUGAAUUGCGUGAUCGUAUGUUCAACGGAACAAUCACAUUCCUGUGAAGUAUGCCUAUCUAUAGGUAUCUUUGAUACAUACCGUCAAUGUAAAUAUAAGUUAUAAUCGCCAUCAAAGAAAAAUAAUCUUCACUUGCCCGCAUCCACAGUGACCGCCCAAAGCUCAGAGAUGUCGCAGCACGGCGCCGCGCUGCAGACGUUCAACAUCGAGCUGGUGAAGACGGUGGAGGAGCUGAAGCGGCGCCAGCUGGUGCUGGCCGAGGAGACGGCGCGCGAGGAGUGUCAGCGUCAGCAGCUGGAGCAGCAGGCGGCGCAGUUACAGGAGCAGCUGGAACGCGUUACGGCCAGCCUUCGCCACAAACAGGAGCUCAGUAGGGAGUACGCGCGCAUCAUUAAGGAGGCCGAGAACGCCUACCAGAAGAUCCUGGAGAGCUCUCAGGCGCUGCUGUCCGUAGUCAAGCGCGAGACAUCGCACCUCAGCGAGGUGGCCAAGGCGGAAAAGAAGGCCGCACGAGGUGUGGACGCCACGGGCGACGGCAAAAACAAACACUAGCAAGCCCCGACCGGACAGAAGUGUGGAGCGUUACCUCACGUGCAAUGAUUUAAUCACAUUUUACUUCAUGUGCCAGUGAUGUGAUUUUAUACGUAAUGUUGCAUUGACAUUUCGGGUCCAAUCUGUCUGCACUUUUAUAUUGUUUUGGAAACUGUGCUAUGCAUUCGCCUCAUUUUGUAAAUAAAAUCACUUUUACAA